AUGUCAUCUCCUGGUAAGCCGCUCAAGCGGUCACGAGCCGAGGAAGAUGAGCACGAUGCCCUCGUCGCAGCCGCCGUCGCCGAGAACCUUGCAGCAGACUCUGCAGCGGAACCCAAGGCAAAGAAAGCCCGCACCGAGGCCAACCGCUCUCUCUUCGUUCGCUCUCUUCCCGCGACAGCUACUAGCGAAUCCUUGACCGACUUCUUCUCCGAGCAUUUCCCGGUCAAGCAUGCGACUGUCGUUCUCGACAAGGCCACCAAGGCUUCCCGAGGCUAUGGCUUCGUCACCUUGACGGAUGCCGAAGAUGCAAUGGAAGCCAAGAAGAAGCUCAACAACAUGAUGUGGGAGGGACGCCGCAUCAGAGUCGAUGUUGCUGAAGCCAGAAGCCGUGACAGCAAGGAGAGCGUCGUGGGAGCGGCUGCCGCCGGCCAGAAGCAGAAACGUACGCAAGAGCUGGAGGAGGCCAGGAAACCUCCCAAGUUGAUUAUCCGCAACUUGCCCUGGUCCAUCAAGACAUCCGCACAACUGGGUGCUCUUUUCCGGGCCUAUGGAAUCAUCAAGUUCGCCGACCUUCCCCAAAACAAGGGCAAGCUCAAGGGAUUCGGUUUUGUUACCCUUCGAGGGCGGAAAAAUGCUGAGAAGGCUCUGGAGAUGAACGGAAAGGAAAUCGACGGCAGAACUAUUGCGGUCGAUUGGGCCGUGGACAAGAGCGAAUGGGACCAGGUGAAUGGGACCAAAGACGCGGCAGACGAGGAUGAGAAGCCAAAGAGCAAGAAGCAGAAGGUUGCCACAAAGGAAGAAGAGGGGCCUGCCGAAGAUGGCGAGGCCAGCAAGGAGCCUCAGGGCGCCGACGCCGAUCUGGAAAACUUCAUGAAGAACCACAUGAUGAAUCUGGAGGACGAGGAGGACAGUGACGAGAACAAGGACGAGGAUGAGGAAGAGGAUGAAGACGAGGAUGAUGACCUCUCUGAAGACGACGACGAAGAAGACGCCAGCAAUGCCGACAACGACAAGAAGCCUGUCAAGAAGACGCAGACAUCAACCGACAACACAUCGACACUCUUCAUCAGAAACCUUCCUUUCACCGUUACGGAUGACCAAUUGAAGGAACAUUUCGUCAAGUUCGGUCCUGUUAGGUACGCCCGUGUUGUCAUGGAUCGUGCCACAGACCGUCCCGCGGGCACUGGGUUCGUUUGCUUCGUCAACGAGGCAGACGCCAAAGCUUGCAUCAAGGGCGCGCCGCGCACGCAGCCUACCACCCUCCCGACCAAGCACUCCGUGCUGCAGGACGAUUCCGCUGAUCAGGAUGGCCGAUACACCAUGGACAGCCGGCUUCUGCAGGUUGCCCAGGCUGUCAGCAAGGACGACGCUGAGCGCCUGGCUGCCGACGGCAGUGCCAGCAGACGAGAGAAGGACAAGCGACGCCUCUUCCUACUCAACGAGGGUCAGAUUGAUACCAGGUCUACGCUGUACCACAAGCUCACCCCCAACGAGAUCAAGAUGAGGGAAGACAGCGCGAAACAGCGCAAGAAGCUUGUGCAGAGCAACCCUACGUUGCACAUCAGUCUGACGCGUCUGGCCAUCCGCAACAUCCCGCGCAACCUCGGCUCCAAGGAGCUCAAGGAGCUGGCCCGUAAGGCCUGUGUCGAGUUCGCCAAGGAUGUCAAGGAGGGCAGGCGUCAACCCCUUUCUAAAGAGGAGAAGGUCCGGAGCGCAAAGGAGGCCAAGGAGGGCGAGCACGAGCGUAAGCUGAAGCGCAAGGGUAUCGUCCGCCAGGCCAAAAUCGAAUUCGAGAGUCGCGAAGGCGCAAAGGUUCCCGAGGUAAGCGGCGGCAAGUCCCGCGGAUACGGGUUCAUCGAGUACUCUUCACACCGCUGGGCUCUGAUGGGUCUGCGCUUCCUCAACGGGUACCAGUUGGAGAACGAGCUGGGAAAGAAGCAGCGCCUCAUUGUCGAGUUCGCCAUCGAGAACGCCUCUGUUGUGGCGCGUCGCAAGGCCAACGAGAAGAACCUGGACCGCAACAGGCAGAACGCGCAGAACGCCAAGGACGGUCAGAACGCCAAGAAGAGUGGCGAUGGGGGCAAUGAGCUGCCCAAGAUGUCCUCCCUGAAGGACAAGAAGAAGGGCAAGAAGGGCAAGAAGGGCAACCUGCACAAGGGCAAGAAGGAGGAGACGGACGAGAAGCCCGAGAAGGUGGAGACGACCGAUGGCAAGAAGCCUACGGGCAAGGUCGACCGCGAAGACGUGAAGCCAUUGCUGAUUGCGAGGAAGCGUCUGAUGAGGAAGAAGAAGGCCUCAUCCCGGGGCUAG